AUGAGGAAGAGAUCUGUCAGUUGGAAGAGAGGAAGUCACUACCGAGUGCUGACAUACAGAGUUUCUGAAAUGAGAGUUCAAAUAUCAGCUGAAAGUCAAGAGUCCUCUCUCAGUGCAAAGCUGGUCCUGCUACUUGUACUGCUAGCAAUUUUCUUCCCAGGUGGUGACAAUCAGGAAGCCUCCCAGGGGCCGACCUCAUUCCAUGUCAUCCAAAUCUCAUCCUUUGUCAACAGCACCUGGACACAGAACCACUGCUCAGGCUGGUUGGACGAUGUGCAGGUUUUUGGCUGGGAUAGUGACACAGGCACUGCCAUCUUCCUAAAGCCCUGGGCCAAGGGCAACUUCAGUGAUGAGGCCAUUCAGAUGGUGGAGGAGAUCUUCCGCAGUUACUUCUCUGUAUUCACCAGUGAAGUGCAGGAUCAUGUCAGUGAGUUCAAGUUGAAAUACCCUUUUGAGAUCCAGGGCUUAGCAGGCUGUGAGCUGCACGCUGGGGAAAACAUCAUGAGCUUCCUGAGGGGGUCUUUAAAAGGAAUGGAUUUUAUAAGCCUCAAKUCAGCUUGGCCCUCCCCAAAAGGUGACCUCAGGGCACAGAAAUUCUGCACAUUCAUCACGAAGUACAAAGGUAUCUGCGAAACAGURGAGRAGCUGCUGUUAGAAACCUGCCCCCAAUAUCUCCUGAGCRUMCUGGAAGCAGGGAAGGCAGACCUGCAGAGGCAAGUGAAGCCUGAGGCCUGGCUGUCCAGUGGUCCCAGUCCUGGGCCUGACCGUCUGCUGCUGGUGUGCCACGUCUCUGGCUUCUACCCCAAACACAURUGGGUGAUGUGGAUGCGAGGUAACCAGAAGCAGCUGGGCACCCAGAGAGGUGACAUCCUGCCCAAUGCAGAUGGGACGUGGUAUCUCCAAGCAACCCUGGAUGUGGCAUCUGGGGACACAGCUGGCCUGGCCUGCAGGGUGAAGCACAGCAGCCUAGGAGGGCAGGACCUCGUCCUCCACUGGGGACACCCCCUCUCUGUUGGCUUGGUCAUUUUGGCAAUCAUAGUGCCCUGUGCGCUCAUUUUUCUGGGGCUUGCAUUGUGGUUCUGGAGGCGCAGGUCGUAUCAGGACAUCCAAUGCCACUCAUCCUUCAGGACCCCUGGAUCCCUGCUGGACUCCUGA